GGAAAUUGAUUAUUCAAAUAAUAUUAGUCUGUCCUAAAUGAAAUUCAAAUUAGUUGAGGCGCAAAACGACGGAGUUUUGUGACGCUGCAGUCGCUUCUCCCUAUUACGCAGUCGUCGUCAGCAGAAAGAAAUUCGACAAACAUACUAGACCAGAUCUUUGGUAGAAAACGAAAUAAUAUAUCAUGUGCAGUAUCAACGAUGCUGAAUUUGAAUCAGAUGAAGAAUUGAUGCAACCGGACGAAAUAGCGCAAAUUGAUGGAGCAAUAUGUAAGAAAUGUAACGAGAACAAGGCAGAGGUUUUACUGAGGGUCAAGGAUGCCUAUUGCAAGACUUGUUUCCUAGCUGCGGCAACUCACAAGUUUAGAGCCACCGUUGGAAAAUCUAAGCUAGUUCGACCUACAGAUUCAAUAUUAGUUGGUCAUUCAGGAAAGGCUGGAUCUACUGUACUUUUACACUUGAUCAAGGCUGGUAUGAGCGAAGCUGUUCACAAAAGACUCAUGUACAAGACAACUGUCCUUUACAUUGAUGAAGGUGCGGUGAUAGGUGAACCGAUAGAACAGCGAUGUUCUGAGAUAUCAGCAAUUCAGGAACAAGUCAACAGCCUUGGAUUUGUCGGACAUGUUGUACCUCUGAGUGAAGCCCUGCAUAAUACGGAACCAAAAAUUUAUCCUUUAGAUUGUGGGUUAGAAAUUCCUUCUGAUGAUGCUGAGUUGAUCAAUUUGUUUGGUGCAAUUUCAAAUUACACAUCCAAAGAGGAAUUGCUGCACAAAUUACGCCAGAAAUUACUGAUUUCUGUUGCACGUUCUCUAGGAUGUUGCAAGAUCUUUACAGCUGAUGGCGCAACAGACUUGGCAAUUAAAAUUUUGAGUAAUAUUGCCCUUGGUCGUGGUGCUCAUCUGCCAUUAGAUGUUGGUUUCGUUGAUUCUAGAGACUCGAACAUUAAAAUACUCAGACCCAUGAGAGAUUUUACUCGAAAAGAACUGUCUUAUUAUUUGAACUUUCAUAAACUGAAAGUUGUACAAAUUCCUGGUUUAACUACAAAAAAGGAUGCUUACGUUAGUAUACAAAAUUUAACCGAAAAAUUCGUCACUGAAUUGAAUACAGAGUUCUCAGGAACCGUUUCUGCGGUAUUUAGAACCGGUGAAAAGUUGACAACAGGGAAUACGCAAACAACUAACUCAGGAAAAUCAUGUGUGCUGUGCAGUGCACCUUUGGACACAAUCUUCACAGACACUUCUUCUUUACAAGCGACUGAGUUUUCCAGACUAGUAUCCGCAGAAGGCCCCAUGGGACACAUAGGCAAAGACGCAUUUCAACUGAAAACAUUUGGCAAUGCUGCUGAGGCAACUGAAAAUACUGCCACAGACGGUGCAAAACGUUGCGAUAAUUGUAGUUGUAGCAGGAGUAUAGAACGUCCCGAAAAAUCUGUUCCAGAUAUGGAUAUCCAUUUAUGCUAUGGCUGUAGAUUAAUCUUUCGAGAUCUUGAUAAGCAACAUAGCAUGCCUGAAUUUUUACAAAAUGCCGUGAAGCAACAAAGGUCCUUAGAUCAUAUGCAGAAGGAAAUAGCCGAAUUUUUAUUGUAAAAAUAUACGAUACACCGAAUAAAUUUGUUCAUACAUAUAUGAACCCUA